AUGGAGGGCAAUCCAUUUCAGAGGAGUCGAUAGUUCAUUGUUAUGUAAGUGCUUACAACCCCUCAUCUAUACUCUGCUAACACAUUGCAUAAGUCAACAAAUUUGGCUACAGUAGAAGAUUAUCCCAAAUUUCUUCGAUCCAGGCUCCACGGCUCGGCUCUUCUAGCGAGACGACUCAUAUCAGACACAUACAAUCGAAAUUGGCAGAGAACGGAAUAGUGAAAAUAAGCCUAGGCUUCCCUGACAGCAAGAGCGAAUAUUUGGAACGAUUGAUUCGGAAUUUGCAUCAAUAUCACGGACAUGGGCUUCCCAUAGAUCACAGUGCAUCGAGAGGGUGGUUUUGGGAUGUUCGCCCAACUGCUACAACAACGAAGAAAGAACUUCCCUCAAUCGCAUCUUCCCAUAGUUCGUCACCCCAAGCAAGAUCUGAGACUAGAGAAGCUUUUCCAUGGCAUACAGACUGCAGUUAUGAGGAGAACCCACCCCGGUAUUUUGCACUCCAGGUCCUGCAGCAUGAUCGAUGUAAUGGCGGCACCACGAGUGUGCUUCAAGUCGACCAGAUCGUGAAAUAUCUAUCGUCUUCAACACUCGCCAGUCUUUCGAAGCCCGAGUUUGCCAUAAAGGUCCCGCCAGAGUUCAUCAAGAAAAGUGAUGAAAGAGAAAUUGUUGGCAGUCUUCUAGAUAUCAGCGGUCAAAACCCAGGCACAAUGUCUGCACAACUACGUUUCCGAGAGGAUAUUAUAUUUCCCUUGACAAAUGAAGCAUCUUCGGCUUUGAACGAAUUCAGUAGCGUUCUCCAUGGCCCCGAAAUCAAAGGCGAAAUUGUUCAGUUGACACCGGAAAUCUUGCCAAGGGGUUCUGUUGUUUUGAUAGAUAAUAGAAGGUGGUUGCACGCUAGAAAGUAUGCAUCUCCAAUCGCUCAGCUGGUAGUCAUGAGGUGUUUCACUAACAUGGAGAACAGUGAAGUGAACGAUCCGGAGCGCCACCUCAGGAGAGUCAGAUGGGAUGCUACGCCCUUUCCGAGUAUUGCCGAACUCCAACCAAAUCAUGCCGUCGUUAACGCCUGA